AUGGGCAAGAAGCGUGUUCUCGUCAGUUACGGUGUCGAUGUUGAUGCGGUCGCUGGCUGGUUGGGAUCGUAUGGAGGAGAGGAUUCCUCAAACGACAUCAGCAGAGGCUACUUUGCAGGAACCAUUGGCGUCCAACGUGUGCUCAAGCUGCUUGCCAAAUAUGAUAUCAAAGCAACAUGGUUCAUUCCCGGACACAGCCUCGAAACGUUUCCAGAAGAUAUGGCCGCAGUUCGAGAUGCCGGCCAUGAGAUAGGCCUCCAUGGAUACUCACACGAGAACCCCACCGACAUGACAAUAGAGCAGCAGAGAGAGAUCCUUGACAAGACGUAUCGGAUGCUUACGGACUUCGCGGGCAAGCCUCCCAGAGGCAGUGUUGCUCCGUGGUGGGAAACAAGCAAGGAAGGCGCACAGCUCCUGCUUGAUUACGGCAUCGAAUACGACCACAGCAUGAGUCAUCAUGACUGCCAGCCGUAUUAUCUGCGGACUGGUGAUGAAUGGACAAAGAUCGACUACAAGAAGAAGGCCAGCGAGUGGAUGAAGCCACUUGUCAGAGGCCAAGAGACUGGGCUUGUAGAGAUUCCAGCGAAUUGGUACUUGGACGAUUUACCUCCUAUGUUGUUCAUUAAGGAUGCACCGAACAGUCAUGGCUUCGUCAACGCGAGAGAUGUGGAGGAUAUCUGGAGAGACCACUUCGACUACUUCUACCGCGAGUACGAUGAGUUCAUCUUCCCAUUGACCAUUCAUCCCGAUGUAUCAGGUCGUCCGCACGCGCUUCUGAUGCAUGAGAGGCUCAUCGAACACAUGAAGAAGCACGAGGGUGUUGAGUUUGUCACAAUGGAGCAGAUAUGCGAUGACUUCAAAGCAAAGACAACGCCGCCUCAAGGUGCCAUCAUGCCUGCAGAGCCAGGCGCUAUCCUCAAGAAGUCGUCAUAG